AUGGGAUGGUUCAUUGAUAGGGUAGAUCCCGGUGUUCAAGGAACUAUUAUGGCUGCAUCUUCUAUGUCAAACGAAGCUUUAUUCGUCGAGGAGGACGAUCACAUGAAUGUUGAUUCAGACUCAGAUUCACCUGUUCAAUUUCACGAAGCUUACGAGGAACAACCUAGCGAUGAUGAUCCUAUCGUUGAAUCGAUUCCGCUUAUAAUGAAUGGGUUACCAGACAGAUCCAGACAAUCUUUACACAUAUUACAAUACACGGGUAGACCCAAGGCCCGUGACUUUUCCAAUGAACAUCCAAUAGUAUCAGUAAAGGAGGAAUCCAACUAUGUUGAGGUUAAAGUACCGUUGGAUACUGAGAAGUUUUAUGAUGGAUCAAGAACCGAAGAAUGGGGGACUGAAGUAACAGAGCAUAGCUUACAAGGGGUAUUAAACAAGACUAACAGAGGAUUAUAUGCUGGUCAAUUACUCAAAGAUGAUGACGACAAAAAAAAAUUUGUGUUGAUACCGGUUGAUAGCACAGCACAAUUAAGGCCUUCUUUCAAGUACUUGGAUGAAUUGGAAGCAUCUAAACUGGCCCAGCGUAGAGCAGAUAAUUUUGAGAGCCAGAAACCAAACAAUAUCCAGAUUUUGCAAACAUCUGCCAAGUCAAAUUCCCAGGCUAAUUCAGGGGAUGGGUUUGCUAAUCACACAUUGGGUGAAUCAUUAAAACACGUUAAAAGAUUUACAGAAGAAGAAUGGUCAUCCUUGCAAUGGGUUGGGUCAGAAAAUAAGAAAACUCAAGAAUAUAAAGAACAUCUCAAUCAUGGCGCAGACGGAAUUGAGUUGGCGACUGAAACAAAUAUGAGUGAAUAUAUCGACGCGUUGACUCAAUACUAA